UCAGGUGGCAUGGUCGCCGGUCUCGGCGUGGCAUAGCUGUAGUGCGCUGUGGUGCUCCCUCAAAUCGUGCCCACGUGCGUGUGCACGCCUUGAAGAGAUAUAUGCGGAUCAUGCGACCGCUAAGCGGUUGCAUUUUUGCGCUCUUCUAGGUGUAAUGAAACGGGACGAAGUACACGGAUAAAUUUCUUCGGUUGUCAGCAGAGGAAACAUGGUAGACACCGGUUUGUUUCCUGCUCUCUCUGGCGAUGAUCCGCAGGUAACGGAACUGGAAAGCCUGUGCCUGCAAUGCCGGGAAAACGGCAUCACACGGUUGCUGCUCAUCAAAAUUCCUUUCUACAAGGAAGUCGUGGUGAUGUCUUUCCGUUGUGAGCACUGCGGUUGGCAGAACAGCGAUCUGCAGCCAGCUGCGACCAUUCAGCCGACGGGGAUCCGCUUCGAGCUUCUUGUGCGCACCAAGCAGGACUUGAACCGACAGGUGGUGAAGACAAAAGAUGCUGCGGUGGUGGUGCCCGAAGUGGAACUCGAGAUACCCGCGAGAACGCAGGAAGGCAGCGUCACUACUGUCGAAGGUGUGUUGCAGCGAGUGGCUCUAGGCCUGGAAACCGCUAUGGCCGACUGUUCAGAAGGCGAGGGUCGUGAUAAGCUUUCGGACUUUGUGUCCCGGCUGAAGAAGCUGCAGGAGCUGAAAACGCCGUUCCGUCUCAUUUUGGAUGACCCGUCGGGCAACAGUUUUGUGGAGAACCCGCAAGCUCCUGGUGCCGACCCGUCUAUGACAGUGCGCCGAUACCAGCGAACAGCCGACCAGGACUCCUCCUUGGGCAUUGUUGCCUCGUCGGAGUCCAGCGAGCAAGACUUGCGCGACGACGUGCUGGGCUUUGCGACCAGCUGCAGCGAGUGCCAGGCGCCGUGCGAGACGCGGAUGAAGCUCACGCAGGUGCCGCACUUCAAGGAGGUACUGAUUAUGGCAACCAUGUGUGACCGUUGUGGCCAUCGUACCAACGAGGUGAAGAGUGGCGCGGGCAUUGAGCCACAGGGGGUGCGACUGGAGCUGCGUGUCCUGGAUCCUGCCGACCUGGCCCGGGACGUGCUCAAGUCUGAGACAUGCACGGUACACGUGCCUGAACUAGAGCUGGAGGCUGGUGCGGGCCUCCUGUCGGGUCGCUUCACCACAGUUGAGGGCUUGCUGGACAGCAUGCGCCGGCAGCUGGCCCAGGAGAACCCUUUCUUCCAGGGCGACUCGGCCACAGGGACUAGCCGGCUGCGUAUGGGUGCUGUGGUGGACCAGCUGGCAAAAGCAGCAGCCGGCACACUACCAGUCACCUUAGUGCUGGAUGACCCUUGCGGCAACAGCUAUGUGCAGAGUCUGUGUGCCCCGGACCCCGAUCCAGCCCUGAGGGUGACUCACUAUGAGCGCACUUUCGAGCAGAAUGACGAGCUUGGGUUGAACGACAUGAGGACUGAGGACUACUCUUGACUUCUGCCUGCAUCCAGAAAAAUUGUGCAACAGUGUGCCUGCUAUGAAAAUCGUACUUCACCUUCCUGAGCACUCCUGCGGCCGGGAACCUGGAAAACCGACAGUUCUGCUGCUGGGAACCUACGGCAUUUUGAAGCCAUCACCACUGAGCUUGAUCAUCGAAUGCCAGGUGUGCUACUGUCUGCGCAAUCUGCCGUCAGCGCGCUGCCGUCAGCCCUGAGACAAUCUGCGCAGGCGCUGACUGGGAGCCCGUACAAGAUAAAACGCGAGCACUUGGACCGUUCGGCUACUUGGCAGCGGCGGCAGCAACGUCUCUACAUCGCUAACGGCGAAACUGCUCCUGUUGCAGAUUGUACUUCACCUUUCUGAGCACUCCUGCGGCCGGGAACCUGGAAAACCGACAGUUCUGCUGCUGGGAACCUACGGCAUUUUUGAAGCCAUCACCACUGAGCUUGAUCAUCGAAUGCCAGGUGUGCUACUGUCUGCGCAAUCUGCCGUCAGCGCGCUGCCGUCAGCCCUGAGACAAUCUGCGCAGGCGCUGACUGGGAGCCCGUACAAGAUAAAACGCGAGCGCUUGGACCGUUCGGCUACUUGGCAGCGGCGGCAGCAACGUGUCUACAUCGCUAACGGCGAAACUGCUCCUGUUGCACAUUGUACUUCACCUUCCUGAGCACUCCUGCGGCCGGGAACCUGGAAAACCGACAGUUCUGCUGCUGGGAACCUACGGCAUUUUUGAAGCCAUCACCACUGAGCUUGAUCAUCGAAUGCCAGGUGUGCUACUGUCUGCGCAAUCUGCCGUCAGCGCGCUGCCGUCAGCCCUGAGACAAUCUGCGCAGGCGCUGACUGGGAGCCCGUACAAGAUAAAACGCGAGCGCUUGGACCGUUCGACUACUUGGCAGCGGCGGCAGCAACGUGUCUACAUCGCUAACGGCGAAACUGCUCCUGUUGCAGAUUGUACUUCACCUUCCUGAGCACUCCUGCGGCCGGGAACCUGGAAAACCGACAGUUCUGCUGCUGGGAACCUACGGCAUUUUUGAAGCCAUCACCACUGAGCUUGAUCAUCGAAUGCCAGGUGUGCUACUGUCUGCGCAAUCUGCCGUCAGCGCGCUGCCGUCAGCCCUGAGACAAUCCGCGCAGGCGCUGACUGGGAGCCCGUACAAGAUAAAACGCGAGCGCUUGGACCGUUCGGCUACUUGGCAGCGGCGGCAGCAACGUGUCUACAUCGCUAACGGCGAAACUGUUCCUGUUGCAGAUUGUACUUCACCUUUCUGAGCACUCCUGCGGCCGGGAACCUGGAAAACCGACAGUUCUGCUGCUGGGAACCUACGCCAUUUUUGAAGCCAUCACCACUGAGCUUGAUCAUCGAAUGCCAGGUGUGCUACUGUCUGCGCAAUCUGCCGUCAGCGCGCUGCCGUCAACCCUGAGACAAUCUGCGCAGGCACCAACUGGGAGCCUGUACAAAAUAAAACGCGAGCGCUUGGACCGUUCGGCUACUUGGCAGCGGCGGUAGCAACGUGUCUACAUCGCUAACAGCGAAACUGCUCUUGUUGCAGGUUAGUGCAAUAUUACUUAAAGUUGAACUGGAUUGUGCCAAAAGCCACUACCGCUGCUGCCUCCUCUGCUGUUAUUGAUUGCUUGUCUGAACGUACUUUGUGCCAUUUUGCUGAAAUGUCCGAUCACGAAAACCAAGUGUCUAGCGUGUGUUCGUCCUGUAAGUCACCUAUUUGUGACGAUGGGCCGAGAGGGACAUGCACGGAGUGUCAAUACGCAUAUCAUUUUGGUAAAUGUGCGGGCGUGACGGAGAAAUCAUUUAGAGCAAAAAACAAUGCUGCAAAGCAAUCGUGGUGCUGUCUCAUGUGCAGGGAAAAUGUUUCUCGCAGAAGUAGCAAAGUAGGCAAUGAUCCUGAUCUUGAUGUCAGGCAUGCUCUUGCCUCUAUCCUCGAGAAACUUGAUAAUUUGCCAGAAUUAACAAAAAAAGUAGCAGAAAUGGAAGAAUCUGUGCAACAUAUGUCUAAAAAGUUUGAUAAAUUUGAAAGACAUGUUUCCCGCCAGGACACUGAGAUCAAGGUGCUGAAGAAGAAAGUAGUGGAACUAGAAGCAAACGACGACAUGACCCAAGUAGUGCAAACAAAGCUGCAACAAGAUGUUAACGACCUUGAGUACCGAAGCAGGAAGCUUAACUUGGAGAUACACGGCAUUGCGGUUGCACCCAACGAAAAUCUACUUUCCUUAUUAUACGCGAUUGCCCCGAAGCUUGAAGUCCCGCUCUUAACGGCAGAAGACAUUCAAACAAUACACAGAUUGCCUGCUCGACAGGGUAGGACGCCGGGAAUAAUCGCACGUUUCGCCAGACAACAAGAGACUCAUGGCUGAAAGCUAAGAACAAAGCUAAAAAUGGUGAACCGCGCAUCAUUAUCCAGGAAAACAUGACUCGAUAUAACAGAGACUUGCUUCGAACUGCGAAAGAAAGGGCAAAAGAUAGCGGUUAUCGUUUUGUCUGGCAUACGAAUGGGAAGAUCCUCGUCCGCAAAGAUCAAGGAAUGAAUGUAAUUCAUAUCAAAGGAGCAAACGACCUGGACGAUCUUAAAUAAGUACUACGUAAGCACAGUACGUCAAGAAAGAAAAAAUGAUACAGUGUCCGUAUCACCUUCCGAAUGACCUGAACUGCAUUGCUUCGUCUUUUUCAUCUGCAUCCAUUAAAGCGGUACAUAUCAAUGCACGAUCAGUGAAAAAUAAAGCAGAAUUGCUAGAAGAAUUCUUUGGUGAGUUUCAAUUUAAGUUCUCUGUGAUAAUGUUGAGUGAAACAUGGAGCACUAGCGCAGAUAAUGUCUAUAGAAUGGCAAAUUAUAGAACAUACUACCUUAACAGACCUGUUGGUCGUGGUGGGGGAGUAGCACUACUGCUGGAUGAGAAUGAAAAUUGUGAAAUUUUGAACCCGUUCAGUACAAUUACACUGGAUUAUGAGAUAAUGUCAUUGUGUUUGGGUAAAUUUCUUUACUCUGUCUGUUACCGCCCACCAAGUGGAAAUGUAGCUUCUUUUUUUAAAUUCGACGACAAUUUUUUGUGUUAUGUAGCAGACGGUGGUUACACGCUUAUUGCUGGAGGUGAUUUCAACAUAGAUUUGAGCAGUGAUAAUCAUUGUACUAGAGAAUUUAAGAUGUUAUUGGCUUCGAAUGGUUUUAUGAAUGUGCUCGAAACACCUACUAGAAUAGCAGCUGAAAGUCAGUCUACUUUAGAUUUGUUCAUUACAAAUUUCUCCCAUCCUAAAUUCGAGACUGGUGCCUUAUCAUGCCCUAUCAGCGACCAUCUACCAGUGUUCUUGUGCAUGGAGACAGUAACCGAAACACUAAAACAGUCAAAAGGUAUUACAUACCAACGUAUAACCAAUGUUACUCUUGAUAAUUUUUGGGAUGCUGUUAAGCAAGUUGAUUUUACGUAUAUUGCUUGCCUUAAUAAUGCCAAUGAAGCCUAUGAUAAGUUUAUUCAUCUCUUUAAACAGCUAUACCACUCCUACUUUCCCUCUAAAACAUGUAAACAAUCUCAAAAAAUUCGCAAACCGUGGAUCACCCCUGAGUUGCGGAAUGAAAUUAAGUAUAAAAAUAAGCUAUAAAGAAGGUUUAUAAUGACACGUGCCGCAGAAGAUCUGCAUUUAUUUGAACAGUUUCAAUAUAGGUUAACAAAGACACUGCGAUCAGCUCGAACGGAAUAUUACUCCACAUAUCUAGACGUGAAGAAGGGCUGCCAUUAUGUGAUUUGGACCUGUCUAAACUCACUGCUACAUUGUAAUCAGUCACAAAACCAUGUGCACAAUUUAAAUAUUGGUGGUAAAGAGCUAACGGGAACUAAACUCGCAAACGCCUUCAAUGAUUCUUUUACAAAUAGAAAAACUAAUGGGUCGUUGUCAGAAAUAUAUGAGUACAUAAACUUUCAUAAUGAUAAUACAGUAUUUUUAGAUCCUGUGACAAGGGAUGAAAUACUAACUGUUAUACUCAGCCUAAAUAAUAGUAGAUGCCGAGAUAUUGACGACAUUCAGUUAAAGCCUGUAAAAUAUGUUGCAGAUAUCAUAGCGCCAACCAUCACACAUAUUUUUAACCUUUGUUUAGCUACAUCGAUAAUUCCAGAACAAAUGCAGAUUGCAAAAGUAACUGUUUUAUUUAAAAAGGGAGAUAGAAAUGACUUCGGCAAUUAUAGACCUGUGUCCGUACUACCUGUCUUCUCCAAAGCACUAGAGAAAAUUUUGCACUCUAGAUUUACUAAAUUUAUAGAUAAAUACAAUUUGCUAACACCAUGUCAAUUCGAAUUCCAAAAAAACAAAUUUACUGAACUGGCGCUCUUAGAACAAAAAGAGUAUAUUCUGUCACAAUUUGAAAACAGAUCUUUUGUGAUCGGAAUGUUCGUCGACUUCUCGAAAGCAUUUGAUCUUGUAAACCAUGAAUUACUUCUAGAGAAACUAUGGUACUAUGGAAUCCGAGGACAGGCUGCAAAACUAAUAAAAUCUUACUUGUCUAAAAGGCAACAAACGGUUAACAUACAUAAUGCAUAUUCAGAAGUAAAACCUGUUUAUUCUGGUGUCCCACAAGGCAGUAUAUUAGGACCACUACUUUUCAGCAUUUACCUUAAUGACAUUGUAAACAUUAACCCAAAUGCCAGAUUCAUAACAUAUGCAGAUGAUACAAGCAUUUUUUUCUCCGGAAGUGACAUUCACGAACUGAUACAAUCGUGCAACACGACGAUGAUCUCGCUGGAAAAAUGGUCCCAGUCUAAUCAUAUGCAUGUUAAUGAGGGCAAGACAAAAGCGGUAAUCUUCAGGACGAAAAAUAAACUUGUUCCUCCUCACAAAAGUAUCCUAUUUAACUCCAAACAAAUAGAAAUAGUUGACUAUUUUAAAUGUCUUGGUGUAGUAUUUUCUUCAACUUUGUCAUGGACAGCACAUGUGGACCAAGUUGUCAAGCAAUUCGCUAGAAUAACUGGCGCAAUUGGCUGCAUUAGAUACAUUCUUCCUAAACCAAUUAAACUGCUUCUCUACAACUCAUUAUCUUAUUCUCACAUUAACUAUUGCGAGCUGGUAUGGGGCACUGCAACACCGUCCUGCCUACAGAAAAUUUAUAUUUUGCAAAAAAAGUUUCUUCGCAAUGUCUUUAAUGCAAAUUACGGAACAACCACCAAACGCAUUUUUCUUGAAACUGAUAUAAUCAAAAUUUUUAAUUUGUAUCAGUAUUGGCUCAGCGUUCGUUUUAAAAUAGAAACAAGAAAUAAUAUAAGUAACAUUCGGCAUCUAGCAAACUUACAAGAAAAUAAAAAGAAUUACCCUUUUAGACACCCCGAAAACUGGUUGGUGCCAACAACAUGCAUCAAUACCGGGAAAGAGCGCCUUCAACAAACACUUCCUUCCCUACUCAACGCGUACGAAUCUGCUUACAUCAACUUGUUUACCUGUACCCAACGAGAUAUACGUGCCAUAUGCAAUUCAUAUGCAAAGGAAUGUGCCACUGAAUCAUCAUUAGGUAUAGUUAAUGCUUAAUAUAGGAUGUAUUCUUUGUCAUUUGUGCUUUUAUUUGAUUAAUGUUAUUUGACGAUUAUGUUAAGUGUAAUCCUGCUUGUGACGAAGCAACUUGGUUUCUGCACAUGUAAGUGCAGAUAAGAUUUUGUUUAGUCUUCGUAUGUUCUUGCUAUAUCGUUCUUCUUUUUUUUUCUUUAUCAUGAAGCCAUCAUGUCUGCGAUGAGAUUGCCUGUCGCUGCUGCUUUGUAUUUCGGGGCUGCGGCCGAGUCAAGCUGUUUAUGACAGCUUUUUCUGCAGCUCCCCCUGUCUGUAUUUUUUGAGGCAGAAUUUUGAGGCAUUAUAACUAAUGACCGAAAACCAUAUCCCUACCUUAGAAGCACGAAGAACUGUGGCACGACUAAAAUUUAUUUUCGCUAUGUACGAAAAGUCGCUUGAAUUUAAUGGACGAACAUACAUUCAAUGUUACCUGUCAGUGCGUCUUGACACUGUCACGCUCACAACUUGCUCCCUUUCCGUGCACGCACUAACCUAAUUAAAAUUCGUUCUUUCCUCGUACUGUUGUUCAGUGGAAUGAUCUACUCUCAGAAAUUUUCUCUGCUGAUAAUUUUGAGCAGGCACUACUCAUGUAUUUUGCACAAUGAUAUGGACUGUUAUUUUUCCCCCUCUUUUAUUCGUGUUAUUUUUACUAUCGCCUAUGCAAGUGCAUUUUGUUCUGAUGAGAACUUGUUAUUUUGAUGUGAUAUUGACUAUCCCAGUGCAUUUUUCUGAUGGUGUGAAUAUCGUCCUUUGCAAUACAAAAAGGCCAACUUGUUACUUUUUUUUUCCUCUUUGCUCUCAUCCUUUUUCUGUUCCAUAUGUCUAGCACAAGAGCACAUAUUAUUCUUGUCCUACAUGAGUGUUUGCAGAAAUACACCCACCUGCUUGGUCUGUAUAGACUGCAGUAUGUACAAAUAAAUGAAUAAAUUAGCUGGUGCAGCAUGUCCAGAAAGAAGCACGAGAGAAGAGCCCAGCUGUCCCAUGAUGCA